CCUCUUACAGUCAACACAAUACGCAAUACCUUCUCUCUCUCUAUCUAUGGCGGCACCAACUUCUCUGAUCUCUUCAGUCGCGAAAAGGCUCGAAGGCAAAGUAGCGCUGAUCACCGGCGGUGCCAGCGGGAUCGGCGAAUUCACCGCCAGAGUGUUCGCCCACCACGGCGCCAAGGUCGUGAUCGCCGACAUUCAAGACGACCUCGGCCAAUCCGUGGUCGCCGACACGCUGGGCCGCUCCAAUUCCACCUAUGUCCGCUGCGACGUCACCGACGAGGCCCAGGUCAAGGAUGCCGUCGACAAGGCCGUCUCCACCUACGGCAAGCUCGACAUCAUGUUCAACAACGCCGGCAUCGCCGACCCGAACAAGCCCCGCAUCGUCGACAACGAGAAGGCCGACUUCGACCGCGUCCUGAGCGUCAACGUCACGGGCGUGUUCCUCGGGAUGAAGCACGCGGCCCGGGUCAUGAUCCCGCGCCGCUCGGGUGCCAUCAUCUCCACGGCCAGCAUCAGCUGCGCCAUGGGCGGUGCGGCCUCGCACGCCUACUGCAGCGCCAAACACGCCGUGCUCGGGCUGACAAGGAACGCCGCGGUGGAGCUGGGCCAGUUCGGGAUCCGAGUGAACUGCCUGGCGCCGUACGCGAUGGCGACGCCGCUUGCGACGAAGUUCGUCGGGCUGCCGGACGAGGAGCUGGAAGGGGCGAUGAACGCUCUGGCGAACCUGAAAGGGGUGACGCUGAAAACAGAGGAUGUGGCCAAUGCUGCUCUGUUUUUGGCGAGUGAUGAGGGGAGGUAUGUGAGCGGGCAUAGCUUGGUUGUGGAUGGUGGGUUUAGUGUGCACAAUACUGCGUUUAGGAUUUUCAAUUACCCCGAAGAUGGAUCCUCUUCCUGAUUAUCGAUUCUCAAAUGGGUCGAUCUGGAUUGAAUUGAGUUACUCUGUUUUCGUUGGUUGCGGUUAUUUGGUUCUGUUUGACACUGAAGAAGGGGGUAAAAAAAAGGGUUGGUUUCCCAGCUUGAUCAAUAUUGAUUCAGCCAGAGAUUGCUAUUAACACAAAACUGUUUCCCUGGUGUGAAUUUCGUGGUUAGAUUAUGCUCAAAGGCAACGAUUAUUAUCAUGAUUCACUCGCCACAUCGUGGUUCCUGAGGGUCCUCCAUUUCAGAUUCCCAACCGAGCUCAAGAAUGCUUCUGCUCGCGCCACCUUGGCUUUCCUUCUGCACCUUCUCCGUCUACUCCGGUCGCCACGGCCGAAGGCGACACGCAGAUAACCUGGAUGACGUGGAGGCCCAGCUCGCUCGCAAGGUUCCGGGCCAGGCCCAUGAUUCGCAUACUUCGAGUUGGUCGUCGCGUAGCUGUGGCUCCCAAGCCCACCAAUUGCGGUGCAAGCACUGGCCGUGAACAAGUCGCUGCCGGUUUUCUGCAGAAGCACUGGCCAAUGGCCAUAAAAUAUAUGGACGGUAGAUAAAGUCGUUAGACCUGG